AUGCAGCAGCCCGCCAAUACGACUACGCAACAGCAGCAGGAGAAGCAAGGGCUGUUUCCUACCUUGGAGUCUGCCUUGGACACUCAUCUACAUGACCGAAACAACAAUCUACUGGUCAAUUACAAAGGUGUAUACCACAUUGAUUGGAAAUCGCACCUGUAUUGGACUCUGGCCAUUGUCUGCUUUAUAUUAGCUCGAUUGUGGUGGCUAGUGCCAUUGCCUGGAGACACAUUGCUGCCUACCUACAGAACCUAUCCAGCCAAUUUCUUCAAUACAUUGUUCCUGGGCUUUGCUUGUUCAUUAGCCACUCGAUCCAUUACUGUUGCUCUAGUCAAACCGUUUGAAGAAGGUAUAAAUCCUGAUUCAGUGGUCGCUUUUGGUGCUACAGGCGGGUUUGGAGCCAUGUGGAGCUGUAUCAGGUAUAAAUCUGGAAUCAGGUACUUUCUAUUGGCUUUUCUGGUUACAGCAGCCACUCUUUUGGGAAAUGCACUAGAGGGCGAACUGCAAUCAUCCAUGAGCAUCUAUUACAAAUUGGGUGCUACCACCGAUGUGAAUUUAGCUGAGUGUCAGCACACGAACGCAAAUGACUAUCAAGCAGCUUCUUUGGCUUACUCAUCUGGACACAUAUCACAUACGAUAUCUGACGCUUCUGCUCUCCUGAAAAACUAUGCAUAUCAACCUUCAAUAAAGCCAUAUACAGUUUCCCUGAUCAAGACGUCUCUCGAGCCUGUCCAGAAUAUUACUCUUGGUAGCACAACAACAGCAGCAACAGGAUCUGCCAAAUUAAGGAGAAGACAUUACCGCUCCAAAACAUGUGAAAGUGCGGGUAAUACACAGCAACAACAAACGGCAAUUACAGAGACAACUUCCUCAUCUGAAAUUGCGCCCACAGCGACAACAAAUGCUUCCAUUGCUUCUUCUAUUCCAUCCGACACACCAGCACAACAGCAGCAAAACAAUUUGGCAGUAGGAGACACCAUCAUACUUACCCUGGACGGCGAGCAAUCUGUGCUAAACACGACAGCAGCUGCUUUCUACAGCUUUGAUGCCAGCAGAAUAUUCAUUUCCAAGGGCGCAAACAACCUUGCAGUGCCUUAUAAUAGCACCAGUGGAUCUAAUAAUAACACUGCAGCAUCUGAAAUCAAGCUCAAUGUACUUCGGCACACCACCUCCGACGAUAAGCAGGUCAUUAUCAUUUAUUCGCCCGCUUCAGAUGGAUUUGCAGCAGGCGUUUACGUAUCUGCAACCGCUGCCAACUACACUUGCCAAUCCCAAUUAUGCAACCCCGUAGGCGACAGUGCAGCAAACAACAAGGUCGUCGCUGAUGCGCUGGCCGAGGCGAUGAGAGAUGGUACCGGCUUUUAUGGCACUCAAGGACUCGUUGGCAACAUCUUGAACCAUGACAACCUACGUGACAAAGGUCUACUAGCAGAUGCUCUUUAUACCAAUCCCAAUUGUCCUCAAGCAGUCGAAAUUCCUACUCUGGGAAAUAGAAUGUACCCUUACUCUGCUGCAAGAUGGAAUCUUCUAAGUAUGUUGUGGGUACUGGGAUACAUCAUUAUUUGGCUGAUUGGCGCUUAUUUGAUCGGAUACUCUGAAGAAACGUGGUCGCAAUUGGCAAGAACCGGCAGAAUGGUGCCUCAGAUCAUCAGUAAUUCAGCAAAUCUGUUUGUGGAUGGCAUCAACGGAAAAACUGUGAAUCAAGAGGCAUUUUUGGAUCCUACUACUGGCAAAAUGGCGUUUGCUAAAGAGCAUAACCAUGGUUACAGCGUUACCACAGCAGAACUAUCGCCACUCUAG